AUGGAACCUUUGAUACAAUAUCUGCUAGUUGUUUUCAUAGCAACAGGACUCCUGACAUCAUAUCCGGUGAAUGGGCUGGACCAAGAUUCGAUGACGCCGGAAUUCUCUCUCGUAAAAGACUUGAUGGCAAACUACAACCCUAAUGUACGCCCUGUGAAAAAUGCAUCUGAACCUAUAGUGGUUGCAAUGAAUAUAGCGUUGAAUCAAAUAAUGGACGUGACCUGGAAUGAUUAUUUCCUGAGGUGGGAUGAGUCCAAAUAUGGAGGAGUAAAAACAAUCAAUCUGUAUUCGAAAGAUGUUUGGGUUCAAGAUAUCACCCUAUACACGGACGUUAAAGGAGAAUUCUACGAGACUGAUCCAUUUCGAGUAAUUUUAACGAGCGACGGAACUGUCCAGUGGAACAUUCCAACAAGGCUUGUUAGUACAUGUAAAUUGGACGUCCAGCAUUUUCCUUAUGACUUUCAGACCUGUAAACUCAAGUUUGGAUCUUGGACGUUUGGAAGCAACGAGAUAGAUUUACAAAACAGAACUGCCUCAGCAGACUUGGCAAUUUAUGAAUCAAACGGAGAAUGGGACCUUGUGUCAGUGGAUGCGGAGCGGCAUUCCAUAUUAUACAACUGUUGUCCAGAGCCUUACAUUGAUGUGACUUACUACAUUAAGAUCAAACGAAAGCCUCUUUAUUACACUUUCAACGUGAUCCUGCCCUGUAUAUUCAUAGUGAUCAUCUCGCCGUUUUCGUUCCUCGUAUCCCCGGGAAGUGGAGAAAGGAUACAACUGGGCAUCACUCUAUUGUUAUCUCUGACGGUUUACUUAUUGUUAGUUGCCGAGCAAUUACCUGUUCAAUCCGAGGGUGUACCAUUAAUAAGUCAAUACUUCAUGGUUACGAUAUUAACUCUGGUCCUGGCGAAUGUGGCAUCCAUAAUAUCAGUUCAUCUCUAUCACAGAGGUUCAUUGACAGACACACUUCCACGAAGGACGAAACUGGUGAUGCGAAAAGUGGCACAACUUGUUUGCAAAGCAGAUGGAUUUGACGACGCCAUUGAUAUGAGGAGCUCUAAAGUAGUUUCAGAAGAUGCGGAACAGGAAAACAAUGUGAUCAAGAGACUUGAUAGUCUUCGCGGAUAUCACGUGACAUCUCAACGAGUUGAGGCGAUCAAAAUGGAGUGGAAGAUGGCAUCACUUGUGCUUGACAGAUGUCUGAUGUUUUUAUCCAGUGUUUUCAUAACACUUUGCUCCUUGUGCUUCUUGCUGUAUAAACCGAACCAAGAUUAA